UAAUGCCUUUGUUCACAGGUAGCACUUUGCCCAGCCACCCAGCUGAGAAGCCAACAAAUGGAUUUGCUGCAGAGCUUCGGGAAGGAAAGACGAAUUCUCUGAAGGACGUCCAUGUGGUUAGCCUGAGCCACCAAAGGCCGGAGAAGUCCCAAAAGUUGGACUUGGACCACCCGGGAGGGGGCUUGCUUCCACCAGCAUCUUCUCCUAAGGCCACAUCUCCAAGCUCGCUGCAAUUUAGGAAGCUGCCCAUGACUCCGAAGGAGGUCCACAUAGCCAGAAUGAAGUCCCUGAAUCAGAGUGCAGAUAGUCAAGUUUAUGAAAGCAUCCAGGUUGAAGACAUGGAGUCCGGUCGCAGGGGUCCGUUGGAAGGACAAGAGGGUUCUGGCUUGCCAACCGAUACCAGCUCAAGCUGUGCUUCUGCCCAGGGCUUUUUUGCAGCCUCUGUGGAACCUGGCAGGAAAGAUACAAGGACUGUCGGAUCCAAUGGGAAGCCAAGCCAGAUGGCUGCACCGCUGCUGAGCAUCGAGCACCACAGCAUUGGGCAGGACCUGGCAACGCCUGGGAGAGACGCUCCCCUCCUGGUCGCCUUUGACAUGGAGAAGAGACUCAGCACCAUGUACGCCCGAGUGUGCAAGAGGCCCAAAGCAUCUCAGCAGCUGAGGCCUGAAAACCAUGACAAGCCUGCCGAGCAAGUGGAGGAAGAACCUCCACCCAUCCCAGAGAAACAUUUUGAGAAUAUCUAUGAAAGCCUGAGCAUCAAUACUGAGAUACAGGGUGGUGAGAUACCAGAACUCAUGGCCCCACCAGAGGCCUGAACAGCGGGGAGCCGAGACAAAAACCCAAGCCAG